AUGUCAUCGGAAGGGAAACGUUUCAGCUCGCACAAUGUGCGCUGCUGUACUUUGAUUGGCCACGUCGACCACGGCAAGUCUUCGUUUGCCGACUCGCUUUUAGCCGCAAACAACAUCAUCUCGGCACGCAUGGCGGGGCAAAUCCGCUACCUUGACUCAAGAGAGGAUGAGCAAGAGCGUGGAAUCACCAUGGAGGCAUCUGCUGUAUCCCUCUCGGUCAAAAUGCGUGUUCACGACCCUACGAAAGGCUGGGAUCCAGAAAAUCUUCCACCAAUCCAAGACUUUAUGAUCAACUUGAUUGAUACGCCUGGUCAUGUCGAUUUCUCCUCAGAAGUAUCGACAGCUUCAAGAUUAUGCGAUGGUGCGCUGCUCAUUGUCGAUGUGGUGGAAGGUGUCUGCGCUCAGACAGUCACAGUAUUGCGUCAAGCGUGGCAGGAUGGUCUGGAACCCAUUCUGGUCCUCAACAAGGUCGAUCGACUGAUCACCGAACUCAAACUUUCGCCCAACGAGGCAUACCAUCAUCUGAUUCAGGUCAUCGAACAAGUGAAUGCUGUCGUUGGGUCUUUCUUCGCCUCGGCACGUAUGGACGACGACGAGCGUUGGCACGAGGAGCGAGAGAAGCGCAUCGCAGCGCGCAAACAAGCCAAGAACGACUCGAUCGCCGCUUCUACCACUGCCGACGCUGAUGCAGCCGAAGAGGACGCACAAGAUCGUGAGGAAAGGGACGACGAAGACAUUUACUUUGACCCUUCCAAAGGCAACGUUAUCUUCGCUUCUGCGAUGGAUAAUUGGGCUUUCCGACUUGAACGUUUCGCCAUGCUUUACGCCAAAAAGAUGGGCAUUCAAGAGUCAAAGCUGCGGAAAGUGCUCUGGGGUGACUUCUACUUUGAUCCCAAAACCAAGCGGGUUCUCAGCCAAAAGCAAAAGGAGAAGGAGAAGCGUCCGCUCAAGCCUAUGUUUGUCCAAUUCGUCCUCGAAAACAUUUGGUCGGUCUACGAUGCCGUCGUCGAGAAUCGCGAUCAGGACAAGAUCGAAAAAAUCGUCACUUCGCUCAGCCUCAAGGUUCAUCCUCGCGACCUCAAGUCGAAAGAUGCGUCCACACUCAUCAAAGCAAUCGUCAGUCAGUGGCUGCCGCUCGCGAGCUGUGCAUUUGCUGCCAUCAUCUACGUCAUCCCGCCAACCAGCAAAGCUCAAGCAAAGAGAAUCCCCAUGAUGCUCAACCCAGAUAUGAGCUACUUCGACCGAGGCAACUACAAGGCCAAAACGGCGCUGGAAGAGCAUCUUAUGAAAGCCGAGAUUGGACCCAAGUCGAACCGUGUUGCGUACGUCAGCAAGAUGUUUGCAGUCAAAAAGGACGAUCUUCCCGAGGCGAAAAAGGCACCUUUGACUGCAGAACAAAUGCGCGAACGUGCAAAGGAGAGCAGGGAGCGUCAGAAUGCAGUGAGAGCGGCAUUGGCUGCGACGGGUGCUUCCAUGGAAGGUGGCGCGGAUGUGAUUUCUGGGGCAAACGGAACCAGCCUCGAAGAAGCCGAGACUCAGCGCGCUGCGCGUGCCCAACGCGAGACUGAAGUACAAGCACAGACGGAUGCGCAGAAAGAGCAAGAGGAAGAAGAGCAAGGUUCGGACGAAGUUGUGCUUGGCUUUGCCCGACUGUAUUCGGGCACUCUGCGCGCGGGUCAGUGGAUGUACGCUCUACUGCCCAAGUACAACACCUCUCUUGCACCGUCUCAUGCUUCCAAUAUGAAGCACAUCAAAGCCGUGCAACUCGAAGCGAUCUACAUGAUUAUGGGGCGCGACCUUGUUGCCGUCAACGAAGUGCCCGCCGGUAAUGUCUUCGCCAUUCGCGGAUUGGAAGGUCGCGUUUUGCGAAAUGCCACUCUGUGUUCGCCUUCUCUUGUCCAGUCGUACCCCAUCGACCAACGCAGCGAUCCUGGGUCCAUCGAUCCAGACGUGGCUUCCAACACAUUUGUCAAUUUGGCAGGUAUCAACUUGCUAUCUGCGCCCAUCGUGCGCGUCGCAUUAGAACCUGUCAACCCUCAGGACAUGCCCAAGCUCGUUGAGGGACUUAAGCUGCUCAACCAAGCCGACCCUUGUGUUGAAUCGUUGAUUCAGGACACGGGAGAGCACGUUAUCCUUACUGCAGGAGAGUUGCACCUCGAGCGAUGUCUCAAAGACUUACGAGAGCGAUUUGCUAAAUGCGAGAUUCAAGUCAGUGCGCCGUUGGUACCGUUCAGAGAGACGUGCGUAAGGGCGCCCGAGAUGCCGCCUCCAAAGAUCGAAGGUGCAGCCCGUGGAACUGCUGAGGGUAACGUGGCAAACGGCGUGGUUUCGUACCGCGUGCGAGCUGUGCCGCUGCCGAAAGCGGUGGUGGACUUUCUGCUGGCCAACACGCAGACGCUUCGUCGUCUUCAGAACAAGAGCGCUUCUGGUGGAGUGGACGAAGAUGUGGACGCAGCAUCUGGCUCGGUCGACGCUGCUGGAUCGCAAGCGAGCAAGAUGGUAAGCGCCGACAAGUUCUGGUCAUCGCUAGCCACUGUGCUGGAGAAAUGCGGACAAGACCGAACCGGCCAAGAUUGGCGUGAAGUCGUGGAGAAGAUUGUCUCGUUUGGCCCACGUCGGGUCGGCGCCAACAUGCUCGUCGACCGUACGGGUAGUGGCAGAGCUUCGCUGCGCAAUCGCACGGACGCUUGUCGUGCAGCUACACGUCAGUCGUCGGGCAUAGCCACCCCAAGCACAACAGUGGCAGUCGAUGAAAGCCAGAAUCUCACCGAUGCGCUCUCGAGAAUCGACGUGGGUGGCCAAGACGAAUCAUGCUCGCGUGUCAAUCACUUGGCGCUCAACGAGAGCAUCGAUUCGGGCUUCCAGAUGGCCACUUCUGCGGGCCCACUUUGUGCCGAACCCAUGCAAGGACUCGCAUUCUUCCUCGAGACCAUCAGCGUCUGUACGUCGGUCUCAACAUCGCUUUCUUCGGUCACAGGACCGCUCAUGUCGACAUUCCGAGAGUCUUGCAAGCAAGCACUACUCGACUGGUCACCACGCCUAAUGCUGGCCAUGUACAGCUGCGACAUUCAAGCGUCCACGGAAGUGCUGGGUAAAGUCCACGCCGUCCUCGCUAAGCGUCGUGGUAAAAUCAUCUCGGAAGAAAUGAAGGAAGGCACGUCGUUCUUCACCGUAGGCUCUCUCUUACCCGUGGUAGAGAGUUUCGGAUUCGCAGAUGAGAUUAGGAAGAGAACAAGUGGCGCUGCAAGCCCACAAUUGAUCUUCAAAGGCUUCGAGCUGUUCGAUCUCGAUCCGUUCUGGGUACCAAGGACCGAAGAAGAGCUCGAGGAUCUCGGCGAGAAAGGCGAUAGAGAGAAUGUGGCCAAAAGAUACAUGGAUGCUGUGAGGAAGCGCAAGGGUUUGUUUGUGACACAGAGGAUUGUCGAGAAUGCCGAGAAGCAGAGGACGCUCAAGUCGAACUGA